UUUUAUCGGUGUUAACAAUUUGGUUCAUCAUUAUGAAAGCGGGAUUUAUUAUAAUUGCUCUUUGUUUUCUUUCUUUAUUGCGAAUCGGUUCAACUGCUCCAAUGGGUGUUACUGUCAAAGCAAGUUAUGAUCAACAGAUUAUAAAUUUAAUAGUAUGGAUUUGUCCAGAUCCAACACUUUUUGCAAUGGUCCAAUCAGCUUUGCAACAAUAUCGAACUGUUGAUGACAUCAAUAAAUCAGUUCAAGAUCAAGUUUCGGGCUACCGUAAUGCCAUUUGGUUAGUGAACACGAUCAACUACAGUAGGACGACAGCUGACACGGAUCCUGGUCCCAACAGAUCUUCCCAGAAUUUGUGUUUCGUGCAGGCGCCAAAUGAGAAAUUGGUUGUUUUCGUGGCAGCAGCGGUAGCCUGAUAUGAUUAAAAAAUUUGUGUACUUUUUGGAAUGAAAUUUAUAAUUGAU